AUGUCUGUACCAGGAACUAGUCGCCAGGGCCAAUUGAACUUGCCUCUACGAGGACGAGGACGAGAACCAUUUACUGCCAUGGAAGAUGUCUCCGAGAACAUGAGAGACUUGCCUCUACGACCGCGGGAUCCUCCCACUACCGCGGCAGACGUCUCAGAAAAGACAAGAGAAUUACCUCUACUAGGCCAGCUCCAUCUCACUUUUGCGGUAGAUGUCUCUGGGAGCACGAAAGACAUCGCCCUUCGCAAAGAGACUGAUGCUAUCACUAAGUUUCGGCUUUCCAUGUCGCCGGAAUUGGUGCCAUUGUCUACCAUUCUUCCUUGGUCGGAAGAAGCCACCCCACCGAUGGAAAUUUCGCAAGUCGAAAAGCUCCGUGCUUCUGGCGGAACUGAUCCUGGUGUUUUGCUGCAGAGUUCCAGGUGCACAUCUAAACUCCGGAACGCCAGCCUGUGCGCUGGAAUCCAUGGAGCGGCCUGUGUGAUUAUCCUGUUUGGGGAACGCUGGGAGUCACCAUUCGACUGCGACGUUUCGGUUGGGAUCUCUGUGUUUGCCGCGGCGCCACACUGCAUCUUUCUCUUUUCUGAUGUGGAAACCGAUAUCGUGUACGUCUUGCAGGCCAAAGGAACAUUUUCCAACGUUCUCCCCGCAGGGAGGGAAUUCUCGUCGUUUGGAGAGUGGACAAGAUGGGAGGAUCUAGUGACCAUCACAUACGAAGAUCUCUUGAGGGUCGAGGUCCCAUUACCGAUAAAUCUGUCCGGGGAUAUGGUUCUUCUCUCAAACGGAGUCCAGUUUGACUUGAAAAGUAUUUAUACUGGCUCCAUAUCCGAAACUGACACACUUACCCUGCUAUCGGACUACUCCGCCUUGGAUGCCAUCCUCGUGGCUGCGACAACAAGGGGUCAACGUGAUAUAGUCAGAAGAUGGAUUAUGGACUCCUGCCUAGCAUUACAGUCCCACUUGAAUGAGAAUAUGCUUCUGCCGGUCGAAGAUAUAGGUGGCAAGGCAACAAAGAUAUUUGUCGAUCUUGUGAGGAAAUUCGAUGCUUUGGACCUGGAUACGUCCGAACCCCGGAAUCUGUGGCAAGCUCUCCACAGAUCAAACAGUCUAUCAGAGCUUGGACCCAUCAAGUCAAAACUUCGUGGCCAGCAUCAUCAGAACUGGAUUUUGAAUGUCAAAGCUACUCAUCUUGUGUCAUCAAUGAUGGAGAAUGAACUUGAAGAAGUAUUGAUAAGAUUGAGUGCAUUAAGUCUGCAUGCGAGGUCAAUGCAUCCAAACAACCUUACUCCAAUGACUUCACCGAAUUCAGAAGACACAUCGUCAUACGGAGGCAGAAUGAGAAGUGUUUCGCAUCUUUCCGAGUCUGGACAGCUUUCGCAUGAUGCGACGCCCGAAUCCAGAGACCACAAAUGCCUGUUUUUGACGGGAUUCAAAGGCCACAGGCACAGAUUCGAGGAUGCUUUUCGGGAGCUCUCAUACUACCAAACAUGUCCUAUAUGUGGGCAGAAGGACUCGAUACAGUGUCUUCUUCUCCGAAUCAACACCAGCUCGGAUGUUACCCCCAAUCUUCCACGGAUAAAUAGUGGUUAUGUCGAACAGGGAUAUCCAAUAGUGCUGGGUAGCAGCUACCCGGGGACUGAUAUUAUAUUACCCAUGACUUCAUGUGAUGCUUGCGCGUUUAUUCUGCUCAAAGUCGGGGUGUUACCUAAUGGUGAGCGUGUUGAUGCUGUAUUGCCCUUGGUCCCUCUUGACGAGGAUGGCAAUCGACAGCAAUGGGUCCAAAUCCUCAACAGAGUACAUCAACACCGCUUUCAUGAUGCUAAAGAGGAGGAAGCCUCCUCUGGCUUUAUGGAGCGUCUGAAGUGGUGCUGCAGGGCCAUAAGCGAACUUGAUGGCGUGGCUGUGAAUGCUGGUCUCCUACCAGCCGCAAAUCCAUGGUCAACUACUGAUCCUGACUCGGUGUCCUUGCGACAAUAUUUGGUGGGAAGAUUUUCUGAUCCGUGGCAUGAAAGAUAUACUUGCGCCCCACCCCUUCUGGCUUACCCACUUGAGGGAUUCGUCGCCAUUGUUCGCCUUGCCAGUCUGACAGAGAAUAUCUCUUCUCCCAUGAUCGAAUUGUGCGUGUGGAAGCGGCUACUCUACCACUUAACUGAGCAGUACUCAGUAUCUUGCAAACAGGGUGGACCCCAAGAGGCUGGUCGACACCUUGAAGACCAUAUAUGUGAGCCAUUCCACGGGACAAGUGCAGCCAAGACUGACUUAUCAGUAGAACCGCUUCCAUCGUCUUACUCAAUUUCUAUGGCCCAGCUGGGUAACCAUCUCCCAUCACUUAAUCAAUUCAGACGCCUGGUCACAACCCUACUCGAGGAUAACCACCCUGAAGUGGAAGCUUCUGUCAAGUACAUAGAGGACUAUGGGUUCCAGGUACAACAGGCAGAUAACCGAUUCUGCAACGUAUUCGAUGAACCAACACUCUAUAGAAGGCGACAUCUUCUGAAGCCCGACUACCAUGUCUUGUAUGGCAUGGCUGGUGGUAUGGACCUCUGGGAAUCUGUCUUGCAAGACCAUAUCCCAGCGGUCAGCGUUGGAGAUGAUAUCGAACAUCUCCGUAUCUUCUGCUUUGUCGGCGUGUAUGAGUUGCAUUGA